GUCCUGCCUUCAUGUCCAUCCCCACCGGUUGAGUCCGCCAUGCCUCAUCCAUGACUCCAUGGCCAUCCAUGAUUGGAUUUUGAUGGAAUGCAUGGUGCUCACCACAAGCCAUUUGCUUAUUAUAUCCUCCAAUUGGCGUCGCCCAAAAGCUCCGCACUCCCCCCUCUUUCCCGAACUCCAAGAAGGAAUCGAGGAUAGGCAGAACCAGAGAGGAGAGAGAGAGGGACUGAGAGACAUUCUUUCCCCCUCUCUUCUUCCACUUCCUUUCUCUGCUAGUAUAAUUCUGUGAUGAAGCAUCCCAAGGCCCUCACUGACUCCCCCCAGCAUCAGCAGCAGCAGCAGCCGCCGCCUAAUCUUCAACAAUUUGCUCUGCCUUCCAAGACCCUGAUCGACUCCGCCGCCAACGCCGUUUCCAACAACAGCAACCACCCCUUCCCCACUUCCCUCUUCUACGAGCCCAUCUCCGUCCUCGACCCCCACCUUACCUCCAGCCCUGCAACCGCUCCUACGGCCGCCCCUGCCGCUGCUCCAGGAGACUUGCCCUUCCUUCCCUGGGCUGCUGGCGUCGUCGGUGGCGGCGAUUCCCAUCAUCCGCACCUACCCUCCGACGACUGGGACACUGCCUCCUGGUUCCUUCCUGAAAAGUACGAACUUUCCCCUUUACCGGAUGACGCCGGCGCCCACUUCCUCGAUUCCCCUUUCGACCUCUCCUUCGAUCCGUUCGCCUCCGCGGAUCCUGCGAUCCCAACGCCUGCCCCAGGCUUCGACCGCUCCCAGUUAGAUUGCCUCAUCAGCGCCGCUCAUUGUCUGGAAACGAACGAUUUCGCCACGGCACACGUGAUAUUGUCGCGGCUCAAUCAAAAUCUGCCCUCCGCAGGCGUCUCCUCGCUUCAGAGGGCCGUCUUACUCUUCAAGGAGGCGCUUCUCGCCCUGCUUCGCCCUUCCACUGCUGAACCCCCGCUCUCCGCCGCCGAGCUGGUCCACUAUAUAGCUGCACACAAGGCCUUCGCCGACCUCUCCCCUGUUCCACACUUCGCCACCUUCACGGCCACACAGAUCCUCAUCGAGGCGCUCGACUGCGGCGCUCGCUCCAUCCAUCUCGUCGACUUUGACCUCGGCCUGGGCGGACAAUGGUCGUCCUUCGCGCAGGAGCUCGCCGCUCGGUGUCGAACCUCUCGUUCCUCCCCGCCGGCUGUUCGCAUCACUGCCGUCGUCGCGGAGGAAUCCGGCGAGACGACUCUGGCAUCUGAUAACCUCCGAGACUUCGCCCGAGGCCUCAACAUCAACCUCUCCGUCAGCUUCGUCCGAGUCGGAGGCCUGGGCACGCUUGCCCUCAGUGGCGUUCGCCUUUCCGGAUCCGGGGAGCCAACCGCCGUCGUCCUCACGCCCACUAUCUUCCGCCUGCUAGGUUUUGGCACCGGAGCCUCGGCUGAUUCCUCCGCCUCUCUCCUCCGGUUCGUGCGGCGUAUGUCCCCGCGGGUGGUAGUCUUCAUCGACCCGGAGGGCUGCCUCGGCACUCUUCCCUCCCCAUCGCUGCGGAGGACGGUGGCGGUCGGGGUGGAGCACUUCGCGGCCGUGCUGGAGUCGGUGGAGGCCGCGGCGGCCGCGACGGGCACGAGAGAGGAAACGCUGCGUCGGGUAGACCAGGCAGUCAUCCGCCCACGCGUGUCGAGCGUGGUGAGCGAGUGGAACUGGCGGCCGGGACCCUGGCGAGACGUGUUCGCCGACGCCGGCUGGACGCCAAUUCCCUUCAGCGAGAUCGCUGAGACGCAGGCCGAAUGCCUUGUGCGCCGUGCGCCAGUCGACGGCUACCACGUGGGCAGGAGGGACGAGACCCUCCUGCUGAGCUGGAGGGGGAAGGAGCUCUCCUCCACGUCAGCUUGGAGGUGCUGACAUCGGCAGUGCCCCUUUUUCCCGCUGGCGAUGCCCAACUCACUUUGUUUGUCCAUAGUUUUAAUUUGCGUGUGCCCGUAUUUUAUUUUAUCUGGCUUCCGCUACUACUGUGCGCUGCGCUCUCUUUUUCCUCUCUUUUUACCACUAUUUAUCCCCCUUUUUUUUCCCCUCAAUUUAACAGCUGACUUGGCUUACAGGAAACAGACCGCAGGGAAGGCCAAGUAGGCGUCCUUCUGUUCUGAACCAUUAUAUGUAACGUAGUUCCGUGUCUCCUUUUAUCAUCCUCAAGAAUGAAAAUGAUAUAUAGUUCAUCAGUGACUCAGUUAGCAGACAGAUAAA